AUGAAUCCAUCGGUUUCCGGCUCUCUGCACGGAAAGAAGGAGAAGAAUGCAGGAGAAGCAAAAUUCGUAUUUGUCAACCUAGGUGGUUUUGCUGUCAUCGUAGAGCGCAACAAACUUGCAAGCUGCAGUCAAAGCUGCCGGAACCGGGAGACUUUUUUACAAAGACCCAAGGAUGGGAUCACGGAAACGCCCCACAGCUACCGCACAACUAUCAAAUCAACAUCCGUACCACAUCUUCUCUAUAACCGUGGUAGGGAAAUGGAGCCAUUGAUACGACCAUUCGCUGUGAUUAUCUAUGAAGGCAGCCGGGAGAGGGACCGGAUGUUGCUCGAGCAACGGAGGAGUUCGGCAAGGUUCGAGCAGUCAAAAUCCGAGGACAAGUCCCCAUCGCGUCAUUUGAUGGGUAAAGAAAAAGUAAACUUCAUUCACCUCUCGGUCACCUUUAACACAGUUAAGCUGCCACUUGGACGCCGCAAUGGGAUGAGAGAAACGCCAGAAAAACGUGGAAAUCGGGCCUUGAAACAUGAUUGA